UGCUCUAUUAGAGGAUGCAACUAAAGGCCAAAAAACUGCACAACAACUUUAUAAUAGUAUCGAUCAAGACUUUUUAAUUGCAACAUAUUUUUUAGCUGAUAUUCUUUCACAACUUCGUCAUCUAUCUUUAGUUUUUCAAGCUGAUUAUGUUUCAGUCUCAGAAGUUACAAUGCAAGUAAAUGCAGUUAUUGAAUCUAUUACAGCUGAUUUUAUUGGUGAAGCAAAUAUACAACCUACUUUUGGGACUAUACUAUUACGGUUUAUGAAUCAGCAAAAUAUUUUACCUCAUGAUCUUCCUUUAUUUGUACGAGAAUUUGCUAUAAAUACAGUUAAAAAUAUUAAGCUUUGCUUUCCAGAUCGUAAACUUAUAUCUUUAUUUAAAAUUUUUGAUCCAAAACAAUUACUUACUGAUCGUUGUUUAAUUUUAACUUAUAGAAAUUAUGAAAUUACUGAAAUUGGAAAUUUUUAUGGAACUUCUAAAAAAACUACAGAACACGAUUAUCAAAAAAUUAUUGAUGCAGACAAUCUUUCACAAGAAUGGCAAAUUAUCCGAUCAAUUCUCUCUAAUUAUCGUAAUUUACAUAUUACUGAUGCAUGGUACAAUAUUUUACGAGAUAAUCAAGAUUUUACUUUAAUUUAUCCUAAUAUUUAUAUUAUUAUUUCAAUUGUUUUGUGCUUACCUCUUUCUAAUGCUUAUGUUGAAUGUGUCUUUUCAAAGCAAAAUCUUAUCAAAACUAAGCUUCGCAAUAGAAUGAAUUCAGAUACUCUGAAUGAUAUUUUAAUGAUUUUCUUAAAUGGUCCUCCUUAUAAUGAAUUUAAUUAUGAACAUGCUUAUCAAUUUUGGCGAAGUUUAAUUUUUCGCUAA